UUUGCUUCGUUAAAAGCAUCAAUUGACUUCUGCGAUCAUUAUGGAAAUGCUGAGAUAAGGUCUUCGGGCGACGAUGGAGAAAAAAUGGACAUACUGUGCCGUCUAUUCCAUCAUCCAGAUACAUUUUGUCAGGGGGGUGUGGGAAGAAAUGUUCAAUGCAGAAGAAGACGUUUAUGCUUUACCUGGCUCUGACGUCAACCUGACCUGCCAAAUACGGAAGAAAGGCUUCUUGGUGCAGAUGCAAUGGUCCAAGUUCACUGAUAAGUUGGACCUGAUUGCCCUUUAUCAUCCCGAAUAUGGUUCCUACUGUGCCAUUGGGAGUCCCUGUAAGUCACUGGUGACUUACAGAGAAAUUCCUGGGAAUGUGUCGCAGUGGACUCUGCACUUAAGGAACAUGUCCUCCUCACUCACGGGGAAGUAUGAAUGUAGCUUUACUCUGUAUCCAGAGGGCAUUUGGACUAAAAUCUACAACCUACUUAUUCAGACAAAUGUUAUACAGGAUGAAUGGAGAAGCAACCAUACAAUAGAAAUAGAGAUAAAUCGAACUCUGGAAAUACCGUGCUUUCAAAAUAUCUCCUCAGAAAUCGCGUCUGAGUUCACCUUUGCAUGGUUGGUGGAGCAUAACGGAACACAGGAAACACUUAUCACCCAAGAUCGCCCCAUCAGCAAUUCCACGUUAUUUAAAGACAGAGUCAGGCUAGGUACAGACCAUGGACUCCGCCUCUCUCCAGUCCAAAUCCACGACGACCACCGGAAGUUCUCCUGCCACGUUAUGGUCAGGCCUGGCAAAAUCUUCAGGAGCACCAUCACGGUCAAGGUUUUCGCUAAGCCAGAAACCCCCGUGAUUGUGGAAAAUAACUCCAUGGAUGUCUUGGGAAAGUACAAUGUGGUUUACCAGGAAAUAGCUUGGACUGGAUUUGAGAGAAUAUUUAACUGCUCACUGAGGAAUGUAUUUCCCACAGCAAAUCUCACAUGGUUUACAGACAGAAGCUUUCCUCAAGGGGAAAGAGAAGGAAGAUACAUUACUAAUGAGGAAAGGAAAGGCAAAGGCGGAUUUUUGGAACUGAAGUCUGUUUUGACAACGUUGUAUGGUAAUAAACCAGCCCAGUCAAACAACCUGACCAUCUGGUGUAUGGCUCUGUCUCCAGCCCCUGGAAAUAAAGUGUGGAAUAUCUCAUCCGAAAAGAUCACUUUUUCCUUGGGCUUGGCGGACCCUCCAACAGAUCCUCCAACCAGUCGUACAGAAUCUGCCCUGGGCACCCAACCUUCUCCCGCCAGCAGCACAUCACCCACAAGGUCUCCAGCUGCAUCUUCAAUAGCCCUUGUAGAUGAGAGUACGUCAACUCCAAACGCCACCCCACAAACCAGCAACUCCAAUGUGACUACCCAAGGCUUCAACUACUCCUGGACCUCCAGCGGGAAGGACGCCAAAAACCGUGAGCACAACUCAGCUUCAUGGAUGCCCAGUGAAAUGUACAGUUCAUCCCCCUCAGGGGCAGACUCAACACUUCAUGGUGAUGUCUUCCCCAGCACAACCAGAACAUUUUCAGAAGUUCCCAAAGCUGCCAGUGGAUCUACUAAAAAUAAUGACAUCCGUAUCACUGGAAUUGUGGUUAAUAAGCCCAAAGAUGGAAUGUCCUGGCCAGUGAUUGUAGCAGCUUUGGUCUUUUCCUGCGUGGUAGUGUUUGGUCUUGGAGUGAGAAAAUGGUGUCAAUACCAGAAAGAAAUCAUGGAAAGACCCCCACCUUUCAAGCCACCGCCACCUCCCAUCAAGUACACUUGCAUUCAAGAGUCCAUUGGGUGCGAUCUGCCUUGUCAAGAGAUGGAGACACUCUAGUCAUUUGAGAUGUUGCCAUACAGCAAGACUCUGCUAGAAUCCUAUUGAGAAGGUAGCUCUGGUGCUGUCUUAAUAUAAUCGCCCUCUAGCCAAGCCUCUACCGCAGCAGAAAUGACUGUGAGAAUUAAAUGACCUGUAUUCCCAGCAACUCUCCCUCUUUCAUCUGUGUAUGCUUUAAAUUUAAGCAAGAGUGGGAGGAUAUGUCAUGCUCACACCCAGUGCAAUCUGUAGGGAUUUUCUUGCUUAUGUAAGAAGUGCAAAUUAGGCUGCCGUCAUUAAAAAAUAUGUGCAGUGUUUUUAGUUUUCAUUUUAAUUAUCUGAUUGAGGGGAUGACAAUGGUUUCGAGCAUAUGUUCAGGCCAGAUCCUCUUCUCUUUGGGCAUCUGCCAACAUUCUAAACUAUUUGCCAAAUUUACGAUAAUCCCUGAGGUUUGUUGCAUUCCCUAGGAAAAUUACAAGAAGAAGAAAAUGGGAAAGUCCUAGCGAGAGUUCCAAAUAAUGGGAAAGUGCAAUGAAUCUUCCUAUUGAAAUUCUGUUGUUUGUUUUCACUGGAGGAAAACAGAAUACCUUGCACAAGAACCUCAGUUCCAAUCCUCCUUCUCUCUUCCUCCCACCAUGUUCACCCAGCCUCCUGCCCCAUGAGAUGAGGAGGGAUCGAGGGAUGACUAGCCAACAACCAAGUAGCCUAGUAGAUAUAACGCUGCACUUGCCUCUCAAGUUAUGUGAGCUAAGAGUGGCCACAUUCUCGGCUUUACCUCUGUGUGUGGUGUGUGUGUGUGUGCGUACGCACGUACGCAUGCAUGCAUCAAACUAUUACCAAGCUGUUAUAUAAGUAAACAGGCAGCCUAACCCUAAUCUGAUUUAUUUAAUUCCCAUUACGCUCUUGUUCAUCUGAGGACUUUCUGUUCAUCCAGUCUGCCUGCUUUGAUCUGUUUUGCGACAGAUAAAGAGCCUCAAAUCAGACUAGUGUUGAUGAAUUAAUCCUGCUCCUACCAAUAUUUUACAAAAUAGUUCAAACAGAACAUAUAGGUGAUGGAGAGGAAAUCUAGUCAGCCAGGCCUACUCUGUAUUCAGCGCAGUUCGUGAGUAAAUAAAUUACUGAUACCCCUUGUCCUCUCAGCUUCCCCAUACACUCCCUCCCUAGGAGGGAAGAACAGAUGUUGCUGAUAGAUAUGAAAAGCAAAUUUUGUGUAGACUUCAGUCUCGAAAGGAACCUUUAGUUCAUUUGCAGUGUACUUGUUCCUGACUGCACAUGAGAAUAACUUGGAGAGUUUUUUUAAACACCACGGCUGUUCCACUCCAGAUCAAUUAAAUCAGAAUCUCUGUGGAAUGAGGCCCAGGCAUCAACUCUCCCAGAUGAUUCAAGCAUUCUGCCAAAGUCGACUGCUGAAUCAGUGGAAGUCCCAUCUCGUUGAUUAGAAUCUUGGCACCAAAGUGCUUAGCUCUUACUGUGGCCAGCUUCCAAGAUGGCCCCAUCAUUCUUGCCUCCUGCUAUUGGCACCCUUCUAUAGUCCUCACCAACACUGAACACAGCUGACUUGUGUAGCUAGUUAGGACCAGGGUAAGGCAAGUGAGGCACCAAGGAUGUAAAAUUUAAGCAGAUAUUCACACUCAGGGUCAUGCACAUGCAUAAUCUUGAGAGAGAGUACCAGUCCCAGGCCUGGCCUAACCAAUAAGAUAGUGCAGAAAUGACCAGAGUGUGACUUCAAAGGCUAUGUUGUAAAAUACAUUGUAGCUUCCGCCUUGAUCUCUCUUUGGUCAUUCGCUCUGCGGGAAGCCAGUUGCCGUGCUGUGAGGGCACUCAAACAGCACUGUUGAGAGGUCCACCUGUUGAGGAACUGAGGCAUCAACUAGCAUCAGCUAGCCAGCUGUGUGAAUGAGCCUCGUGAAGCACAUCCUCCAGCCUCCAGUCAAAUCAUCAGAUAACUGCAACCUCAGUCAGUGUUUGGACUGGGACCUCAUGAGAACCAGAACCUUCCAGCUAAGCCUCUUCUGAAUUCUCGACCCACAGACACUGUGUGAGAUAAUAAGUACUUAUUGUUUAACACCAAUCACUUUGGGUAUAAUUUGUUACAUGGCGUAGAUAACUAAUACAG